GUGAUGUGACGUGAGUUAAUGAAAGAAGUGCCGUGCAAUAGAUUUUCAGUGUAUUGCGGUAUUAGAAUUGAAAUAGGCAUUUUUAAUUUAUUCCUACGUUAGUUAUAAGAUAAUUAAAAAUGGAGAACCUUUCAAUAGGUGAGAUUUACACUUCGGAUAAGAACGGCAGUGAUGAGACUGGAGAUGGAACUGAAGCGAAGCCGUUUAAGACCAUCAUACAGGCUAUGCGUCACGCCGGCAAGGAGCCAUUUCCAACAAUAUACGUCGACGCUAAGGACGACACAAAAGUAUAUGAAGUUGCUGCUAAAUCACAAUUGAAGAAGAUUCACAAGAUCUGGGUGAGAGAAGGCUACAAAGCGGCAGAUAAGGCAAAGGCUGAAGAAGAUGGCAAUGAAAAGAGACAACAGAACCUUGAAGAGGCCAAGAAAGUUGUAAUUAAAGAGGAUCCUAGUCUUCCAAAAGCUACCAUCGUGAAAAUAUCAGAAGCAAGUGAACACCGCGGCUCGCGCAUCUGCGUCCGCGGCUGGGUGCACCGGCUGCGGCGACAGGGCCGCGCUCUCGCGUUCCUCACUCUCCGCGACGGCUCCGGCUACCUGCAAUGUGUGCUGCACGGUCUACUCUGUCAGACGUACAACGCGCUCGUGCUCUCUACUGAAUCCUCUGUCAUUAUUUAUGGCAAGCUCGAAGUUGUGCCUGAAGGGAAAAUGGCUCCGGGCGGUCACGAGUUGACAGCGGACUACUGGGAGCUGGUGGGACUGGCGCCACCCGGUGGUGCUGAUGCCAUCCUCAAUGAGGAAGCCUUGCCCGAUGUACAGCUAGACAACAGGCACAUAAUGAUCCGCGGCGAGAACACAUCGAAGGUGCUCCGCGCGCGGGCGGCCGUCACCCGCGCCUUCCGCGAACACUUCGCAUCACGCCGCUACACCGAGGUCACGCCGCCCACGCUCGUGCAGACACAGUGUGAAGGCGGGAGUACGCUGUUCAAGUUCAGCUAUUUCGGUGCGGAGGCGUACCUGACGCAGAGCUCGCAGCUGUACCUGGAGACGUGCCUGGCGGCGCUGGGCGACGUGUACUGCAUCGCGCAGUCCUACCGCGCAGAGCAGUCCCGCACGCGCAGGCAUCUCGCUGAGUACAGCCACGUGGAGGCGGAGUGUCCGUUCAUCACGUUCGAGGAUCUGCUGUCGCGGCUAGAAGACCUGGUGGUGGACGUGGUGGACAGGGUGCUCGACUCACCUGACGGUCACCUCGUGUACGAACUCAACCCUAACUUCAAGAGGCCACAGAAGCCGUUCAAGCGCAUGACGUACACGGAGGCGAUCGAGUACCUGCGAGCUAACAACAUUACCAAAGAGGACGGAUCAUUCUACGAGUUUGGAGAGGACAUACCGGAAAUGCCGGAACGUAAGAUGACAGACGCCAUCGGCGUGCCGAUCCUCCUGUGCAAGUUCCCCGCAGAGAUCAAGUCCUUCUACAUGCAGCGCUGUGCUGAUGACAACCGACUGACUGAGUCUGUGGACGUGCUCAUGCCAGGAGUCGGAGAGAUUGUGGGCGGAUCCAUGAGGACGUGGGACCAUGAGGAGCUGAUGGAAGGUUACAAGCGCGAGGGCAUCGACCCGUCUCCGUACUACUGGUACACGGACCAGCGCAAGUUCGGGUCGGUCCCGCACGGCGGGUACGGGCUGGGGCUGGAGCGGUUCCUGUGCUGGCUGCUCGACCGCUACCACAUCCGCGAGGUCUGCCUCUACCCGCGCUUCCUCGACCGCUGCACGCCUUAGAUGCUACAACCGUCGGUGCUAAAAUAUAGCCGUGAUGAGUCGACGACAUCACUGCUUUCUGUUAUAGCAUUGUAAAGGUAUAUGCGUCACUGCUUGUUGUUACUAUCUAUUUUAAAAUAUAUACCGUCUUACCACAAAAACUUUUAAACGUCAGUUUGACACCCAUCUAAAAUGACAAAUUAUGACGUUGAAAUAAGGUCCAUUUUGCAAACAUGUUUAAGGUUUUAUAGUAAGACCAUUGUGGCCUUACUACAAAAACUUUAACCACUGUUUUACACUUGUCUAAAAAAAAUGUGGCUCCAAAAUGAACCAUAUGUCAACGUCAUAAUUUGACAUUUUUUUAGACAAGUCUUAAACUGACGUUAAAAAGUUUUUGUGGUAAGACGGUUGAUGAUUAAAGCAUAGUUUAAUUCAUGUGGGAAGAUUGAAAUAGUAUUUAAUUAAGUUAGUAACGCAUAGCAGUGAUGUAUAUGUCUGAAAUAAAAUAUUUUGUUGCUCAGUCUGUUCUAGACGAAAUUUAAAAUCAUCAACAUCAGUUUUUAUACAAAAUAAUUGUAAAAUUAAACUAAUAAUGCUUGAGUUUGCAUUUAUUAAAAAUAUAGAAGGAAAGUCUAUUGCAUUAUAUCAUAGCAUUUGAUGCGGCGUCGAGCGCUCAUUAUUUAUAGAACUCGUUGAAAUUACUUUUAACAAUCAUAAUAACAUCGAUAUUAAGUGUACUUUUCUUGUGUGAUUUUGAUCUGAUACGCUUUGAAAUUCAUAAAACAACUUAUUUUGUUGUUAUGGACUGACCACUUCUGUGCCAUCUUUGGUACAAAAAUAAAUUAGAUUUUUAUAUAUUUGUUGACUGUGUUUUUUGUCCAAAUUAUUGCAAAUGUUCUAAAAUAUUUCAUGACACAGCAAACUGGUUCAUUUGGCAUUUUGUGCGUUCAAUAGAAUAAGGAAUGUAAACAUUCCAUAUUCCACUUGCAUUGUUCUUUUUUAUUUAUUUUAAAUACAGUUCCGAAAAUU